AUGGAAGCAGGAGAAAAGAUCCCUCUUCCCGAUUUUUCUCACCUUUUCUCUUCCUAUUUCUUUCUUUCAUCUUUCUCCCCCAUUUCUACUUUUGUCCUGUCUUUCCUCACAACCUUUUUUCAUUUUUUUUCUUUAACAAUAUCUAUUUUACAUGACUUUUCUUUCCUCCUUCUCUUUCUCUCUUGUCUAAUCAACCUUCAUUACACCAUUACCUUUCUUUCUCUUUCUCCUUCAUCUGUCUCCACCUUAUCCUUCACCUACACUGCCAUCUUUCUCCUCCUUCUUCAUCUGUCCGCCCACCACUUCUUGUUCUUCUUCUUCACCCCACCCUCUGGCUUCAUUUUCUCCUUCCCCCGCAAUGUCUCCAGCGAACACGCCUGGUGUCAUAGUCAUACACCUUUUUUUUUUCCUUUUCUAACUCCUUCCUACUUUUCAAGACUGUUUCUUCUUUCUCUUUAUCUCAUCUCUUUAUUUCACCUCUUCUUCUCCCGAAAUAUUGCCUACUCAAUCCGUUUUUCUUUUCUUCAUUUUCUUUCUUUUAUAGCUUCUUCUUAA